AUGGGGUCUCUAGGUCACGAUGACAGAGUCGUUUUCUUCUUCGACAUUGAUAAUUGCUUGUAUGCUAAGAGCACCAAGGUCCAUGACCACAUGGCCCGCUUGAUCAAUGAAUUUGUUGUCAAUCAUCUCAGCCUCACGCCGGAGGAAGGGUACGUGCUUCACCAACAAUACUACAAGGACUAUGGGUUAGCCAUCGAGGGUCUCUCCCGACACCACAAGAUCGAGCCUCUGGUCUUCAACCGCGAGGUCGACGAUGCGCUGCCCCUCGACGAGCUGCUGAAGCCAGACCCCAAGGUACGAGAGGUCCUGGAGCGUUUUGACAAGAGCAAAGUCAAGAUGUGGCUUUUCACCAAUGCACAUAUCACCCACGGUCAGCGCGUGGUCAGGCUGCUCGGCAUUGAAGAUCUAUUUGAAGGCAUCACUUUUUGCGAUUACUCACAACCGCGAUUGGUUCCCAAGCCACUGCCCGCCAUGUUCGAUAAAGCUGAGCAAGAAGCCAAGGCGACCGACUAUGACAAGAUCUACUUCGUCGAUGAUUCGAUGUUGAACUGCAAAGAGGCUUACAAGCGAGGAUGGAAGAGGACUGUCCAUCUCGUCGAGCCACAAGUUCCAGAACCAGAGGAGAAGCCUUGCGAAUAUCAGAUCAGCAGCCUCCAACAACUGCUAGAUCUGUUUCCCGAGCUCCUGAAGACGGGUACAUGA